UACGCGGCAAACGAAUGGCGGAAAGAAGCCCCGCACUAAAAAUCAAUACAAUGCUUGUAAACAACCAUCCAUAGUUAUGGAGCGAAAGUAAAACAUUUUGUUGUAAUAUUUAUUUUAUAGACAAUUAUUUUUACUACUUACCCCAUCGUUUAAUGUAUAGUUUCAGUUUAUGUGUAAAAAUAGUAAAGUUAUCAAAAUGGAUACAGCGAACGUCGGAUAUUCGUACCAUUUGCCCACUGGAGGUUGGAACUACAAGAUCCGGAAUACACUGUCGCAGUUUAGCGACUUAUUUAGCGAAUUUAAUAAGUACAUAGCGCCUGCUUAUCACCACGACCGGUGUGAAAGGUCAGUCCAAAUGAGAGUAUAUUCGAUGCACAAAGGAGAGUUUGUAAUGGUUUUUAUAGCAUUUUUUGCUUGCCUUGGUUUGGGUGUAUUUAUAGGAUUAGCAGGUCCAUCCCCUACUUCCACAACAUCAAUAUCAGCGACAAAUAUUCUGACAAAUAACAGUAGCAUUUACGAGGGCCCCUUCCACCUACACAGCCCGGCGAUGGGUACCCGGGUGCAGCAGCUAUGGUUGCUGGCUGAGAUAUUGACCAAUAAUAAUGAUGAGGAGAUUUUCGACAAGAGUUUCCAGAUAAGCAUAUCCAUUGACGGAGUGCUAAGCGACCAUACAACAACUACUUUAAUCCCAGAAUCUGGAGCAACCAACAGAACUCAACAUUUGCGAUGCCAGAAACAAGUAUGCGAUGAAGUAAUGUUCCUACAUUUAGGUUCAUUAGAUUACACACAUUAUAUCAUAAAUAUACGCUUUUAUGGACUAAAGGAAUUUCAUAAACGUUAUUAUAUAAGAGAAGUAAUUUUCUAUUUUAAAACAUAUAAUCCAGGAUUUACGCAAAUGGAGACGUGGUUUAGAUUUAUAUUCUUGAUCACCACGUUUGUAAUAUCGUGCUGGUUUGCUCAUUCGCUCAGAAAGUAUUCAACACAAGAUUGGGCUAUAGAGCAGAAGUGGCUGUCUAUAUUGCUCCCUCUGCUUCUACUGUAUAACGACCCGAUCUUCCCGCUGCGGCUGGUGUCCGGCAGCUGCUUCGCGCCGCUCAUGGACACCGUCUUCCAGACCACGUUCCUGGCCUGCGUGCUGCUGUCGUGGCUCGCGCUCUACCAUGGACUGAGACAGAAUGAGCGCGGCUUCCUAUCCUUCUACUUAUUCAAAUUGAUAGUCGUCGGAAUGGUGUGGGCACCGGCCAUGAUCAUCACGAUAUGGCAAAAAUACUACGGCUACAGCGACCCUACUUUCAACUAUAUGAUGAACCCUAAUUAUUCUGUUAUCAAGAUCAUGUUCUUUAGCGCCAUGGCUUUCUACUUCUUUUACUUGAUAAUCCUUAUCGUCAAGGCUUACAGCGAUCUGAGGAAUAUGCCGUUUUUUGACAUUCGUCUCCGGUGUAUAUCGAUCGUGGUGGCGACGGUAACAGCCAUCACCGCCCUCCUAGGCUUCCAGGGAUGGGGGCCAGCUGCCUUGCAGGACCAUUGGGCAUCCCAACCUAAGGUCAAUUAUGAUACCUCUGCGCCGUUCAUGGCUCUGUAUGGACUGUUCAACUUCAAGAUGUACAUUCUGGCUUACUUAUUCUCGCCUGGAGGAGGAUCUAUCCAUGAAACAACUAUAACAAAGGACAACCCGGCAUUCUCAAUGAUCAACGAUUCUGAUGAAGAGGUGAUCUAUGGAUCUGACGAAGAAAGCCGACGCCCACUCAACGCCCACCACCGGAUCAAUGAAGACAUAUGAUUUGCUUUACCUGAAUCUGUGCCUUUAAAUUCUAGAUCUCAAUAAGCUGCCUAGAAACAAUAGACGCGUUAUAAAUAAAAAGUAUUACGGCGAUCAUACAAAUUUGAUGCUCCUUGUGUAGCUCACCUCGUAUAAAAAGCGAAAUACCUGCUGUGUUGAUUGGUCCAGUAAUUUCAAUUAAUCCAGUCUUGUGAAUAAGACAAUCGGAUUUUCACUUUUUAUAAAGGUAGCAGUUUCUAGGAAAAUCGCUGCAAAUUUAUUCAAACUGCGUUUAAUUUAGGUGUGUUUUGUUCGUUUUGUGUCUAUAAAAGGUGAAGUUUUUCUUGUUAAUUAUAAAAGAUCUAUUAAUGCA